AUGUCUGAAGUCACCUUAGGAAGAUAUAUAUUUGAGAGACUUAGACAAUUGCUGGUCCAGACUGUAUUUGGGCUCCCUGGAGACUUCAAUUUGUCACUUUUAGAUAAGAUUUACGAGGUAGAUGGGCUUCGAUGGGCAGGUAAUGCCAACGAAUUGAAUGCAGCAUACGCAGCAGAUGGAUACAGUAGGGUCAAGGGGCUUGCAUGUUUAAUCACCACCUUCGGAGUGGGUGAAUUGAGUGCUCUUAAUGGGAUUGGUGGAGCUUUUGCGGAGCACGUAGGAUUGGUGCAUAUUGUAGGUGUUCCGUCGAUCUCGUCUCAAGCAAAGCAACUCUUAUUACAUCACACUUUGGGAAAUGGAGACUUCACAGUGUUCCAUCGGAUGUCAAAUAAUAUUUCACAAACAACUGCAUUUAUCUCUGAUAUUAAGUCGGCUCCCAAAGAAAUUGAUAGAUGCAUACGAGAAGCUUACAUUUUUCAGAGACCAGUAUACAUUGGAUUACCAGCGAAUUUAGUGGAUAUAAAUGUUCCAGCAAUGUUGUUGAGUACCCCAAUAGAUCUUUCACUACGUGAAAAUGAUCCUGAAGCCCAACAAGAGGUAAUAGACAAUAUCUUGCAAUUGGUAUCCGAAGCCUCCAACCCGAUAAUAUUGGUAGAUGCCUGUACUUCGAGACAUAAUUGUAACAGUGAAGUAGAAGCAUUAGUAAAUAAGACACAGUUUCCGGUAUUAACAACCCCAAUGGGCAAGUCUGGCUUUAACGAAUCGCAUCCCAGAUUCGCCGGGGUAUACGUGGGGACCAUGUCGCAUGUGGAAGUUAAAAACUUAGUGGAUGGUGCCGACUUGAUUUUAGCUGUCGGAGCCUUAUUAUCAGAUUUCAAUACUGGAUCUUUCUCCUAUUCGUACAAGACUAAAAAUGUGGUCGAAUUUCACGCUGAUUGCAUAAAAAUUAAACAAGGAACAUAUCCUGGAGUGCAAAUGAAAGAAGUCCUUAAUGUAUUGCUUGAUAAUGUAGACUCAGCAAUUAAACAUUACAGUCCUGUUACCAUUCCCUCGCCAACCCUUUUGACUAAUUCUGUCACCAAUUCGGAGGUCCUGUCAGCUUUGCUUACACAGGAAUGGUUGUGGAGCAAGGUCAGUUCUUGGUUUAAAGAAGGUGAUAUAAUUAUCACCGAGACUGGUACAUCAGCAUUUGGAAUUGUACAAACAAAAUUUCCGAAUAAUACAAUUGGGAUUUCCCAGGUUCUAUGGGGUUCGGUCGGGUUUACCGUCGGGGCUACAUUAGGAGCAGUAAUGGCUGCAGAAGAAAUCGAUCCCAAUAAGAGGGUCAUUUUAUUUGUAGGGGACGGAUCGCUUCAAUUGACGGUGCAAGAAAUCUCGACCAUGGUUAAAUGGGAAACCAGACCAUAUUUAUUCGUUCUCAAUAACGAUGGUUACACUAUCGACAGAUUAAUACACGGGAUGAGUGCAACAUAUAACGAUAUCCAGCCUUGGAAUAACCUUGCAUUGUUGCCUUUAUUUAAUGCGAAAUACUACGAUGCAAUUCAAGUUUCCACCACCGAUGAACUUGAAAAGUUGUUCAGUGACGAAGAUUUUGCAAUUAAUUCAAAAAUCAGAAUGAUAGAAGUUAUGUUACCAAGAAUGGAUGCGCCAAUAAAUUUAAUAAAACAGAUGGAAUUCAUUUCGAAAAUGAAUACUGAUACUUAG